AUGCCAAUCACGAACGCACCGGUCGUAAAUAAGGCGACGCGGUUGCGCGUACUCGCGCUGUACAAGGAGCUGCACAGGCUCGGACGGGAUUACCCUGAUCCCUCAUACAAUUUUCACGGGAAGCUGCGCGGGCUGUUUGAGAAGAACAGAAAUUUACAAAAUCCAGAAGAUAUUGAACGCGCGAUUAAGCUUGGAGAAUAUAUUAGAAACGAGACACUUGCACUCUACUCCCUCCGCAAAUACCGACAUCUCAAGCGCAUGUAUCCUGACUCCCCGGUCUCACCUUCCGAUCUGCCUGCGUAG